AUGCGCCACCUCGCGCGCCUCCUCCAGCGCCGCCUCGCCCUCCCCUCCGCCACCAUCCUCCCCACCCCGCCCUCCGCCGCCGCACCCUUCUCCACCUCCAAGCGCGCCCCCUACGCCAGCCGGGCCAAGCCGCGCCCGCCGCCGCCGGCCGACAGCCCCGCGGAGGACGACGCCUCCCAGCAGGCGGCCGCGGCCGCGGCGUGGCAGACGGAGAAGCUCCCCAGCGAGCUGCCCCGCCCGCCCACCAUCCCCUUCCAGCCGCGCGUCGCCAACGCCAUCCGCCUCGUCGGCACCGUCGGCGCCCCCGUGCAGCUCCAGCGCCUGCCCGAUGGACGCUUCUCGGCCGUAUCCGUGCUCGUGCAGGACCGCCGCACCGACUUCCCCAAGUUCUGGAUCCCUGUGAUUUUUCAAGACGACUUGGCACAGAUAGCUGCUUCUCACUUGCAAGAAAAUGACCUUGUCUAUGUGUCUGGCCAAUUAACUGGAGAUGUUCCGCCGUUCAAACAUGCUGAUGGCCAAGCAAAUAUUCAGGUUUUAGCAAAUUUGCUGUCAUUUGUUGAUAGUAAAGCCGUGGCAACGGAUGUCAUGGUGGAUGAAGAAGAAGGGUUUAAAGAGAUUGCUGAGGCCGAAAAGAAAGUUGAACCAACCAAAGUUAUCCCUAAAUCCCCAAGACGCCAAACAUUUUCAGAAUUUAAAGCCAAGCAGGACAAGUUCAAAGAGCUCUGGAAUGAUGUUCUUGCCAGUCCACUUGAUUGGAUUGAUAACCGGCCUGCGAAGGCGAAUGGAUCUAAAAAUCCAAAGUAUCCUGAUUUUAAGAACAAGAUAUCAGAAGAUGCACUCUGGCUUGACUCAGCACCAACGCAUGUGCUAGAAAAGUUGGAUACUGUGACCUUUAAUAGUGGCUACAAUGCAGCUAAAACAUACAAGCCUGCUAAUUAUAGCAUGGGAAGAGCUUCUAAUACAAGCUGGGGUAAUAAAUCAAAGACAAGCCAAGCUGCUUCUCCUGAGAAACUACAAAAAGAAGCUGACUUGUUGAAAGAUCUGGUGGACAAUCCUCAAAAAUGGUGGGACAACCGUAUAGACAAGAGGUCACCUAAAGCCCCUGACUUCAAGCACAAAGAUACCGGUGAGGCUAUAUGGUUAAACACCAGGACACCAAGUUGGGUUACAGAUGCCCUGCCACCGGCGAAAGCCAGUAUGGGUAGCAAAGGAGGUAGAAGGCCAGAGACCCUGCUUUCUUGACCUGGUUGAGACAGCCUACGCUGUGCAAUGUGCGUUCUAUUUUGCUAAAUAUUCAGGUUGUCUCAGAGUUAGCAUUCUGCAAAAUUAGUAGAAAUCUCUCUGCUAACUCAUGAGGUUCAGGUAGAGACUACUCAAGAUAAUAUCUGGCUUAACCUCCACCAUUUGUUAGUAAUAGCCAUGCGGAUUGUGCCUUCGUAAUGCCAUACCAUGAUGUAAAUAGCAUUUCCAAGUCAAUUCGAAUACAUAUUAAGCUCCUUCAGACUUCAGAAGGCCUCAAUCUCGUUCAAAUCAACUA